AACUUGGACUGAUUUUUUCAGGUUUAUGCAACCAUGUGGCCAGUGAUCUGGACUGCCAUGCGCACUUAUGCGCCCUAUGUGACCUUCCCAGUGGCCUUUGUGGUGGGAGCUGUUGGAUACCACCUUGAGUGGUUUAUCCGGGGAACUCCUAAUGCCCCAGGAGAAGAGAGAGGCAUUGCCGAGCAACGGGAGGAUAGGAAAUUAGAGGAACUGACCGGUCAGGACAACACACAGUUCCUCAGCCUGAAGGACAAACUGGAAUUCACACCAAGGGCAGUGCUGGAAAGAAACCGACCAGAGAAGAGCUAAGUUUUAUUAAAUGUCAUGAAGUCCUGCAAGAUUACCUUAUAAUGAAGUGCAACAUCUCAAGCUUUGGGCUCAUUUGUCACACUCAGCGGCCCCAGGGACAGAAACUUUAUCAGAAAACUUUUUUGUGGGAUUUCAUGUCCAUUCCUAUGCCACUUCAUUCAGCCACCCUAAUUACAUUUACAUGGAGUCUUGCUGUAAUAUUUACCAGGCCAGCUGGUGGAACUUGACUGCUGAGAGAAUGUUUUACAACUUUCAUUCUUUGAGACUUCUUAAUAUUCAUCUUCUGCCCUGAGGCAUGCAGACACAUGACUAUAUUGCACAAGUCCUAACUUGGAAAGCUUUAAUAUGUUUUCCAUGCAUGCUCCCUGUCAUAUGCUUAUG